AUGCGGCCCCCUCUCUUCCUCCUCCUCCUCCUCCUUCUCGCUCCGGUGUGCGUAGGGACCCAGGACCUGCUGCGGGUGGAGGUUGAAGAGGGGGGGGAUGCAGUGCUGCCCUGCCUUAUUGGCCCCCGGGAUGACCUGCGUGAGCAGCUGACUUGGUCCUGGGGGGGCAAGAGGAUCCCUUUGCGAUGGCUGGGCCCAGGCCUGGGAGCCCAGGUUGGACCUCUGGGCAUCUCCCUGCUCAUAACGAACGUCUCAGUCAACACCGGUGGUUUCUACCUAUGUGAGAAGCUGCAGCCGGAGAACCAGACGGAGCCGGGGAACGGAACGACGUUGGGGGCCGCCGUCAGCGUGAAGGGCAGCGAUAAGCGGUUCCAGUGGAAUCCCCCAAAGGAAGGAGUAGGGGAUUGCGGUCCCAGGAAAAGCGUCUCCCCUAAGCCCCUUCCUUAUGGCGACUUCCCCAGCACGUCCGAAUCCUCCGGGCCAAUUGGCCUCCCUCCUCCAAAUGACUCUAAUCCCCUCUUGCUGUAUGUGUGGAAUAGGGAUGGCCCUCAGCUCUGGGGAAAGCUUCCUCCCUGCGCGGACACCAAAAGCAGCCGCAACCAAACGGGAGAUCCUUUGGAACUGAUUUCUUCCCCUGGCUCUCCCCUCCGGCUCCCCUGCGGGUCGCCCCUGGCUUCCCCGUUCCAGGGCCUGGUGUCCUGGGUCCUUUUCCACCCCGGGUCACUGACCCCAACCCCACUGCUAAGCCUGGAGCUGGGGAAGGGAGCCCUGGUCCGGGAACUCUGGGUCUUGGGAACUCCGCGGGGAGGAUCCCUCCUGUUGCUGCCUCAUGCCACUCUCCAGGAUGCUGGGAUCUACCACUGUCACCAUGGCAACUUGACCUACAACCUACAGCUGACCAUCAUCUCUCGGCCAGUGUGGCGCUGGUUGCUUGGGGCCAAGGGCUGGAAGGUCCCAGCCAUCGCUUUGGCCUACGUCACCAUCUGUCUGGCAGCGGUGAUCAUUUUCCUCAAGGUGAAGAGAGCCCUGCUUACCAGGAGGAAAAGGAAAAGGAUGACUGAUCUCACCAGGAGGUUCUUCAAGGUUACCGGACCCACAACUCAGAAUCAAUAUGGAAAUGUGAUGACCCUUCCGGGGAACGGCCGGGCCCUCCGAAGGAAGGCAGCCCCAGGGACCACUCAGGUGGCAGCUACUUCCUACAGAAACCUGCUUCGUGGUGGUCAAGAGGACCAGGAACUGCGGCUCUCCCCCGUCGGCCUCGGGACGCCCCCGGAAUCAGAUGGUGUGGAGGCGGAGGAGGAGGGUUAUGAGGAGCCAGACAACGAUGAGGAGUCUGAGGCCUAUGAGAAUGGGGACUCCUUUUCAGAGCAGGACCAGCUGUCCCAAGAUGGGUUUUGCUAUGAGAAUGCUGAGGGAACGUCUCAGGGGCCUGAGAAUGAAGAUGAUGAUGAAGAUUCCUUCUCCAAUGGUGACUCUUACGAGAAUGAGGAUGAGGAGCUGCCUCUGCCCGAGGCCCCAGUGACAGACUUCCUGAGUCCUGGAGGCCCCUCCUGGGAGCAGAGCUGUGCGGCCUUGUCCGUGGGGUCUCAGUCGUAUGAGGAUAUGAGGGGCGCCGUGUAUGCAGCCCCUCAGCCCCGGCCCCUCCAGCCCCAACACAGUCGGGAAGAAGACGGCGACUCCUAUGAGAAUAUGGAGGGUCCCGGAGAACCUGAGUCAGGGUGGGGGGGAGGGGCCUCGGACCCUUCCUGGACCCACAGAUGACCCCUUCAAUCCACAAAAAGC